AUGGUAGCUUUCACACGGGACUUUUCAGACGCCUCUUCUGUCACUUCCUCUGCUGUCACCCCCUCCCCUCACCCCGCCUCCUCGCACCCUCUCGCCUCGUUUGAGGCGCCUCUUGAAUCGCCUGCCGUUGAGAAAUCUCAGAAGCUUUCCCCUCUCCCGGUCGCUGCCUCACACCCUCUUGCCUCGUUUGAGGCAUCCUCGUUAAGCAGAGAGGUUGCAGGAGUGGGGGAUGGGGGUGGGAGCAUGCACCUACCGGUGCACACCGCUGCAGCGAACAGUGAGCAUGUGGCUAGUGGGUUACUGGGGAGCAGAGAAAAACUUGUGUCAGGUGUGGGCGGAGAGGUUGAGAGGGCUAUAGAUGACACACAGACGCCAGCAGGACGGGGAGCGGACGGAGAGGUAGCGAGAAUAGGGGAGAGGCAUUUGGGAGAUGGGGGUUUGGGAGAUGGAGGUUUGGGAGAUGGAGGUUUGGGAAUGGGCAGGCGAGAGGUGGGAGCUGUGUUGGUGGGGGGCAAGAGGGAGAGUGAAGGAGGGGGAAUUGUUGAGAGGGAGGAGUUGGGUGAACGGGCAAGUGGAGGGAGGGAGUUGGGGGAGGGGAGGAUGGCAACGAAUGGGAGUGUGGAUGUGGCAGCUGCCCAGACGGACAUGGGCGAGUUGAUGGAGCGAGUGGCGCAGGAGACUGCUGUGAAGGAGUUUCUGGCGAGCAAGGUGCGAGGGCUGGAGGCUGAACUAGACGCGGAGAGGAGGAAGCUGCGAGCGGAGGUGGCGAGGGAGGUGCGGGAGGAGCGGGAGCGACAGCUGGCGGCGCAGUGGCAGGCAGAGGAGGACCGGGCUGCGCUGGGUGAAGCGAGGGAGAGUGUAGGACGACUGGAGAAAGAGAAAGCAGAGCUACAACAGCAGCUACAGACAGCAACAGAGGAGCACCUGAAGGCACAACAAGACAAGGCUGCUGAGCUGGCAGCUGUGCGGGCAGCAGAGGCUCAGGCUCGGGCCGAAGCCAAGCUGCUGGCUCGGGAGGUGAAGCAGCUUCGGCAGGCCGUUGCCGAGGCUGAGAGGAAGAGGCGGGCGGCGGAGGAGCGGGCGGCUGAGCUGGAGGCCCAACAGGAGGCGCACAGUGGUGCUGUAUCAGCUUGGCAGUCCAAGGCAGAACGGUUCCUUCACGAAAUCUCCGUAUGCUAA